AUGUCUACACAGCAAACUUAUGCCAGCUACAACUGCAGGUCCACACAGCAAACUUAUGACCUGUCCAUUACAGCCAGCUACACCUGCAGGUCCACACAGCAAACUUAUUACCUGUCCAUUAUAGCCAGCUACACCUGCAGGUCUACACAGCAAACUUAUUACCUGUCCAUUAUAGCCAGCUGCACCUGCAGGUCCACACAGCAAACUUAUUACCUGUCCAUUAUAGCCAGCUGCACCUGCAGGUCCACACAGCAAACUUAUGACCUGUCCAUUAUAGCCAGCUGCACCUGCAGGUCUACACAGCAAACUUAUGCCAUGUCCAUUAUAGCCAGCUACACCUGCAGGUCCACACAGCAAACUUAUGACCUGUCCACUACAGCCAGCUGCACCUGCAGGUCCACACAGCAAACUUAUGCCCUGUCCAUUAUAGCCAGCUGCACCUGCAGGUCCACACAGCAAACUUAUGCCCUGUCCAUUAUAGCCAGCUACACCUGCAGGUCCACACAGCAAACUUAUGACCUGUCCACUACAGCCAGCUGCACCUGCAGGUCUACACAGCAAACUUAUGCCCUGUCCAUUAUAGCCAGCUACACCUGCAGGUCCACACAGCAAACUUAUGACCUGUCCACUACAGCCAGCUGCACCUGCAGGUCCACACAGCAAACUUAUGACCUGUCCAUUACAGCCAGCUACACCUGCAGGUCCACACAGCAAACUAAUGCCAUGUCCAUUACAGCCAGCUACACCUGCAGGUCCACACAGCAAACUUAUGCCCUGUCCAUUAUAGCCAGCUACACCUGCAGGUCCACACAGCAAACUUAUGACCUGUCCACUACAGCCAGCUGCACCUGCAGGUCUACACAGCAAACUUAUGCCCUGUCCAUUAUAGCCAGCUACACCUGCAGGUCAACACAGCAAACUUAUGACCUGUCCACUACAGCCAGCUGCACCUGCAGGUCUACACAGCAAACUUAUGACCUGUCCAUUACAGCCAGCUGCACCUGCAGGUCUACACAGCAAACUUAUGCCCUGUCCAUUAUAGCCAGCUGCACCUGCAGGUCCACACAGCAAACUUAUGCCCUGUCCAUUAUAGCCAGCUACACCUGCAGGUCCACACAGCAAACUUAUUACCUGUCCACUACAGCCAGCUGCACCUGCAGGUCCACACAGCAAACUUAUUACCUGUCCAUUACAGCCAGCUACACCUGCAGGUCCACACAGCAAACUUAUGCCCUGUCCAUUAUAGCCAGCUGCACCUGCAGGUCCACACAGCAAACUUAUGCCCUGUCCAUUAUAGCCAGCUACACCUGCAGGUCCACACAGCAAACUUAUGACCUGUCCAUUAUAGCCAGCUACACCUGCAGGUCCACACAGCAAACUUAUGCCCUGUCCAUUAUAGCCAGCUACACCUGCAUGUCCACACAGCAAACUUAUGACCUGUCCACUACAGCCAGCUGCACCUGCAGGUCCACACAGCAAACUUAUGACCUGUCCAUUACAGCCAGCUACACCUGCAGGUCCACACAGCAAACUAAUGCCAUGUCCAUUACAGCCAGCUACACCUGCAGGUCCACACAGCAAACUAAUGCCAUGUCCAUUACAGCCAGCUGCACCUGCAGGUCCACACAGCAAACUAAUGCCAUGUCCAUUACAGCCAGCUGCACCUGCAGGUCCACACAGCAAACUUAUGCCCUGUCCAUUAUAGCCAGCUACACCUGCAGGUCCACACAGCAAACUUAUGAUCUGUCCAUUAUAGCCAGCUGUACCUGCAGGUCUACACAGCAAACUUAUUACCUGUCCAUUAUAGCCAGCUGCACCUGCAGGUCCACACAGCAAACUUAUGACCUGUCCAUUACAGCCAGCUGCACCUGCAGGUCUACACAGCAAACUUAUGACCUGUCCAUUAUAGCCAGCUACACCUGCAGGUCUACACAGCAAACUUAUGCCCUGUCCAUCAUAGCCGGCUGCACCUGCAGGUCCACACAGCAAACUUAUUACCUGUCCAUUAUAGCCAGCUGCACCUGCAGGUCCACACAGCAAACUUAUGACCUGUCCAUUACAGCCAGCUGCACCUGCAGGUCUACACAGCAAACUUAUGACCUGUCCAUUAUAAAAAAAACUGACAAUAAUACUUUGAUGCAUAUUCCCAAAACAACCAAGGUUCAUUUUGGUCUGGAGUCAUAG